GCUGUUCUGCGUCGUGUAACCAAUACACUGAGGAAGUAGUUAGACGUUAGUCCGCAAACCUCAAGUGAAGCUUUGAAUUUAGUGGAAGUAUAAUUCGGUUGGAUUUCUGGAGAGUAAAGAUGCCUCUAGAAUUCGAGCUAUGUCCCGGCCGAAUGAUCGGAGGGAAGCAUCCUUGCUUCAUAAUUGCAGAAAUUGGGCAGAACCACCAAGGAGAUAUCGAGAUAGCGAAGAAAAUGAUCAAAAUGGCCAAAGAUUGCGGCGCAGACUGCGCCAAACUGCAGAAGAGCGAGCUGGAGCAUAAGUUCAACAAGCGAGCACUGGAGCGUCCUUACACCUCGAAAAACUCAUGGGGAAAGACCUACGGCGAGCACAAGCGCCACCUGGAAUUCAGCCAUGAUCAGUACAGGGAGCUGCAGCGGUACGCCAAGGAAGUGGGCAUCUUCUUUACCGCGUCGGGGAUGGACGAGAUGGCUGUAGAGUUCCUUCACGAACUCAACGUACCCUUCUUCAAGGUUGGCUCCGGCGACACAAAUAACUUCCCGUACCUGAAGAAAACAGCUAAGAAAGGUCGUCCCAUGGUGGUGUCUAGUGGAAUGCAGUCCAUGGAGACGAUGCGCCGUGUGUAUCAGACCGUGAAGGAGCACAAUCAGAACUUCUGCAUUCUGCAGUGUACCAGUGCAUACCCACUGGAACCAGAGGACGUGAACCUGCUAGUCAUCGCAGAAUAUCAGAAGGAGUUCCCAGACAUUCCGAUUGGCUACUCAGGCCAUGAGAUAGGCAUUGACAUCACAGUGGGGGCAGUGGCUCUGGGGGCCAAGGUGGUGGAGCGUCAUGUGACGCUGGAUAAGAGCUGGAAGGGGAGUGAUCAUAGUGCAUCACUGGAGCCCAAAGAGCUGGCCCAACUGGUGUGUGCCAUCCGCACUGUGGAGAGGGCUCUCGGGAAAACCGUCAAGUGCAUGCUGGGCUGUGAGGUACCCUGCCAUGACAAGCUGGGUAAAUCUGUGGUGGCUAAGGUGGCCAUUCCGAAGGGCACCGAAUUAACCCUCGACAUGCUGACUGUGAAGGUGGCGGAGCCUAAAGGUGUGGCACCUGAGGACAUUUUCCUGCUGGUGGGGAAAAAAGUGAUGUCAGACAUCGGUGAGGACGAGAGCGUCACGGAGGACGUGGUGGAGAACUACGGCAAGAAGGCCAGGGUGUGAAGGGUCCCGUGACACCCAGCACCGCUGGCCUACGGCAGGAGACGUGUGCCCUGCAGCACGUCAUGACACUGACCAGCUUGGUUCUAUAACCCCGGUUCUGGAAUUCUCAAACGGAACGGCGACCGUCGGAAUGCUCGGGAACGUCUUGUCUGUCACCAGAACAACUCAUGGUGUGGGUGGUCAUGUGCCAAAUUCUAAUAAAGGCUGAUAUCCAAAGCAAA